GGUCGUUCCAUAUAAUUGGAUUCCCCACUUCUCUCUCUCUCUCUCUCUCUCUCUCUCUCUCUAUUUGCGUCUUCAAUUUCUUCUUAUCACCUUCAAACUCGAACACAUAUUCACGCUUUGACAUUUUUUGACAGAUCCGUUCACCCUUUCUACUCCUGCAGAUAAUAAGCUUUUAAGGCACAGAUAAGAGUUUAAUAAUAGCAAACCAUACUGAAGAAGAAAGCUCCACUUCAUCAAGGAACACUUUCCUGCAUGACAUUUUGACAUUUUUUCAAUGUCAGGGUUGCUUAAUAAUUCAUCUUUGAGCGGAUCAGCUUCAAAUCUUCAAGAUAAUUCAGCAGGGCGACAAUUUUCCACUUCUUUCACUGCUCAAUCUGGCGCACCUUCCCCUGUUUUCCAACACAGUGGAUCUAUUCAAGGGCUUCAUAACAUACAUGGUAGUUACAAUGUUCCCAACAUGCAAGGCACACUUGGAUCAAGAAACUCAACAAUGUCUAAUGUCCCUUCAAGUGGGCUUCAACAACCAACUGGAAACCUUUCUAGUGGAAGAUUUACAUCAAAUAUUCCUGUAGCUCUUUCUCAAAUAUCUCAUGGGAAUUCACAUGGUCAUCCAGGGCUAGCUAAUAGAGGUGGAAUGGGGGUGGUUGGAGGCCCUGGGUAUAGUAGCAGCACGAAUGCAGUCGGUGGUUCCAUCCCCGGAAUCCUCCCCACCUCUGCCGCAAUCGGAAACCGCAAUUCCAUUCCAGGGGUUGGUGGGGUUGGUGUGUCUCCUAUGUUAGGUAAUUCCAGUCCUCGAAUCACAAACUCAACUGGGAACAUUGUUGGUGGGGGCAAUAUUGGAAGAACAUUAAAUUCUGGUGGGGGAUUAUCGAUUCCGGGUCUUUCCUCUCGCUUAAAUCUCAACACAAAUAGUGGGUCUGGAAAUGUAAAUGUUCAGGGUUCAAAUAGAUUAAUGGGUGGGAUGCUUCAACAAGCUUCACCACAGGUAAUGUCCAUGUUAGGAAAUUCAUAUCAUUCGGGGGGCCCACUUUCUCAAAAUCAUGUUCAGGGUGUGAACAGUCUUAAUAUGGGCAUGUUGAAUGAUGUAAACAACAAUGAUGGUUCCCCAUUUGAUAUAAAUGAUUUCCCUCAGUUGAGUAGUCGCCCUAGUUCCUCCGGAGGUCCCCAAGGGCAAAUAGGUUCUUUAAGAAAACAAGGACUUGGGGUUAGUCCAAUUGUACAGCAAAAUCAAGAAUUUAGCAUACAGAAUGAAGAUUUUCCUGCUCUACCAGGAUUUAAAGGUGGCAAUGCUGAUUAUCCUAUGGAUUUGCACCAGAAGGAACAGCAACAGCUUCAUGAUACCAAUGUUUCAAUGAUGCAGUCUCCACAUUUCUCCAUGGGAAGGUCUUCGGGGUUCAACUUGGGAGGGGCAUUUUCGUCACAUCGUCCACAACAACAAAGUAGCAAUGUCUCAUCUUUUGCAUCCGCAAACAAUCAAGAUCUACACCAUUUGGAUAUGUUCCAACAAGGCUCACAUACAUCAUAUCACUCACAGGGAAGUGGAGGUUUGAGACCGAUGAAUUCUCAGAAUCCAAUCUCUGGAAUUGGUUCGUAUGAGCAACUAAUGCAACACUAUCCAUCACAGCAACAGCAACAACAACAACAAAGGAAUCAGUCUCAAUUCCGAUUGCAAUCGUAUGGGGAUCAAGGGGUUGUUGUUAAUAAGUCAUUACAGACUCCAGAUCGAUUCGGUUUGCUUGGAUUGUUGAGUGUAAUUAGAAUGAGUGAUCCAGAUUUGACAUCUCUUGCCCUUGGAAUUGAUUUGACAACUCUUGGGUUGAAUUUGAAUUCGGCUGAAAAUCUUCACAGGACAUUUGGGUCUCCAUGGUCAGAUGAACCGGUCAAAGGGGACCCUGAUUUCAUGGUGCCUCAGUGUUAUUAUGCUAAACAAGCACCCGUUUUGAAUCAACGGUAUUUUUCAAAGUUUCAGUUGAACACAUUGUUCUACAUCUUUUACAGCAUGCCUCAAGAUGAAGCCCAAUUGUAUGCUGCAAAUGAAUUAUACAACAGAGGGUGGUUUUAUCACAGAGAGCACCGGUUAUGGUUUAUGAGAGCUGCAAACACAGACCCUCUUGUCAAGACAAACACAUACGAGAGAGGUUCCUACAUUUGUUUUGACCCAAACACAUGGGAAACCAUACGCAAGGAUAAUUUUGUGAUCUACUAUGAGAUGUUUGAAAAAAGACCGGCAUUACCUCAACACUGACUUUUGAUUGAGUAUUUCAGUUUUACAUGUAAAGUCGUUUGGAUUUUAGGUAGUGAUUCAGUCAGUAAGUCAGAUCAGAUUCCAUUUCUCAUUUCUCUAGGGAGGGUUUUACUUUUAGGUUCAAUUUGUCAAAUAUUAUCAUCAUUUACAUAUAAGAGUCAUCAUCAGGAAACAUUAUUUUACUACAUCUUUCAUUGUUGGCAGAUUUUGAAAAUAUGAGACAAAUUUUGGUGACCGAGAUUGUAAAAGUAUAUACAUUAUGUAUUAUUGUAUUUUUUUUAUCCUACUUCUACUUUGGUAUAA